GUGCCAUUUGCUCAAUUGGCUGCCUGUAUUGCAUCUAUCUGUAAAUCAUCAUUACCAAAAACAACCACUGUCGCAAAGAAUGCAUCAAACAAGAUAUGGAAGAAGUCCAAUACCAGGAGAAGUGGAAGCAAACAGAUAGAUUCGCCCUGAACGCUGGCCGAAAUAGCUCAGAUUUCGACACCGUUCUCGUCCACAGCUGCUGCUCCUGGACACUGGAAUGCAUAAACAGCGUACUGGAACAAAUCAUUGGCUCCGCGAGGUCCACGCGAAAGAGGCUCAGGGUGAAUUUUGAACUCCGUCUCAUAGCCCCAGUCAUAAGCUCUCGGGAACACGCCGCCAGAUGCCGUAGCUGCAUUUCCUUUUUGGCCAGGGCUAGAAUAAAAUCUCCACGGGGGUUGUGGUUUCUUCAGUGUCAUGAGAUUGUGUUGAAGAGUUCCCAACCUAUCCAGGCCCCACUGCGGUCCGAGCACGUACGGUGUGGUACGAAACCUCCCAGGGUAGGGGGGAUGUUGCGCUUGCAGCGCGUCCUUGGUGUUCUUGCAGACAAAAAUCCAAGGUAGAUUGUCAGCGGUGGGAGGCAGGUUGUGUUGCUUAAAACUUCGCAAUCCAGUCGGCCAAAACCCCUCAUCAUCAUUAUCAAACGAUCUUCUGGUUUGGUCCGGGUUGAUGCAAUAUCCCUGCGGGAGCUGGA